AUGAAGUUUCCUCUAGGCAGCAUGUCUAUCUGGCUUCUAUGUCUCGUCAAAUGGGCAGCUGCUGCUACUAUAUUCUUUCCUGUUACCUUGACAUGGUCGGAAAGAAGUGUUGCAGGAGUGACUAGGCCAGUGAUCUCGAUGAACGGCCAGUUUCCUGGUCCUCCGCUGCGGAUCAACCAGGGUGACAAUGUUCAGUUCCUCGUUGACAAUCGGUGCCCGUUCAAUACAACUAUACACUUCCACGGAAUUGAACAGCUGGGAACCCCUUGGUCUGAUGGGGUGCCUGGUGUCUCGCAGAGAUCCAUAAGACCAAAUACCUCGUUCUUGUAUAGAUGGACAGCAACAGAGUAUGGUGCUUACUGGUAUCAUGCGCAUCACCGUGGCUCUCUCGAAGAUGGACUUUACGGACCAAUCUAUAUCACCCCCUCCCCGUCGGUGGAAAAGCCUUUCAGUCUUAUCACGACCGAUACCGCUCAGUUAAAGGCUAUGGUCCUCGCAGAGACCUUGACACGUCCCGUCUUGCUUUCGGAAUGGCGUGUCCUCACUUCGGAGGAGAUCUGGGCUGCCGAGAUAGCCUCUGGCACAGACUCAUUCUGUGCCAAUGCUUUGCUCAUUAAUGGCAAAGGAUCUAUCACCUGCCUACCACGUGCUGAGAUUGAUGCCCUGACAACACCUGUUCAGAGAAUUAGCCUAGGCGAUGAUUUAAGAUUGACAGACAUGGCAAUGUUUGAAGGCUGUGUGCCAUCCCAAGGCCCCCAAGAAGUCUUCACCGUCAACGCAGCUCAUAAAUACGUAAGCUGGGACCUGACUAGCACAGCUGGCCUGCUAGAACUCACAUUCUCAAUCGACGAGCACGACAUGUGGGUAUAUGCCAUAGACGGAAGAUACAUCCAACCCCGAAGAGUCAAUGCAGUCACUAUCCCAAACUCAAACCGCUACUCCGUUCUCAUCCCCCUUACGCAACCAGCGGGAGAGUAUGCCGUGCGCAUGGUUAGUGCAAGCAUAAAUCAGAUCCUUAACACGACGGCAAUAAUGCGAUACCACGGCCCGCCCAGGCUAACGCGUCCAUCCAACCCGUGGAUCACGAUUAAUAACCAAGCCGCCACGGCAGACACCGUUUUUCUUGAUGAGACCCAGGUCGUUCCAUUUCCGGCGCUGGUCCCUUCAAACAACAUAGCCCAAACCUUCUUCUUGAAUAUUGAUCAAGUCGGCACUGCCUUCCGCUGGAGACUCGGUAAUACCAGCUACGGUCUGGAGCUUGAGGAAGCACAGCCCUUGCUCUUUAACCAAAACUCCAUCCCCCAAGAUCUGAUCAUCAGAACGAAGAAUAAUACCUGGAUCGACUUGGUUCUCCAAACAGAUACCAUUCUGCAGCCCCCUCAUCCGAUCCACAAGCACUCGAAUAAGCAUUUUAUCAUCGGUCAGGGAAAUGGUACUUUCACUUGGAACUCGGUCGCGGAAGCUGUACAAGCUAGUCCCGGUAACUUUAAUCUGCAGACGCCCCAGUAUCGUGAUACUUUCCAUACAUUGCCGGCUGUUACAGGCCCAACUUGGACAGUUAUCAGAUAUCAUGUUGUCAAUCCCGGUGCUUUCUUAAUGCAUUGUCAUAUCCAGGUUCAUCAAAGUGGAGGGAUGGUUUUGGCGAUGUUAGAUGGGGUUGAUGUUUGGCCUACUAUCCCACCGGCUUAUCUGAUCGAUUCUGGGUUUUAA